AUGGAAGGAUGCAACACUGCUCAAGUCCCCAUGGAGUCCAGGCUGAAGCUGAGCAAAGAAGGAUCAGGACAGCCGGUUGAUGCUACACUUUACAGAAGUGUGGUAGGGAGUCUCAGAUACCUUGUGAACACAAGGCCAGAUUUGGCUUUCUCAGUGGGAUAUGUGAGCAGGUUCAUGGAGGCUCCCACAACUGAUCAUUGGGCUGCAGUCAAACAUAUACUAAGGUAUGUGAAUGGAACAUUGAAGCUUGGCUGCAAGUAUGACAAGAAUAGAGGAGGUCUUCAGCUAACUGGUUUCAGUGACAGUGAUAUGGCUGGAGAUAUCAGUGAUAGGAAGAGCACAACAGGUGUUUUGUUCAUGUUAGGAAAAAAUUUGAUCAGUUGGCAGUCUCAAAAACAGAAGGUGGUGGCCUUAUCAUCAUGUGAGGCUGAAUAUAUUGCAGCCACUACUGCUGCUUGUCAGGGAAUAUGGCUCAGUAGGUUGCUGGGAGAACUGAUGCUUGAAGAUCCUUGUUGUGCUGUUCUGAAGGUUGAUAACAAAUCUGCAAUCAACCUCUGCAAAAAUCCUGUGCUCCACGACAGAAGCAAACACAUCGAUACACGUUUUCAUUUCAUCAGGGAGUGUGUUGAAGGAAGAAAAAUGAAAGUGGAGUACAUUUGUUCAGAGGAGCAGCUUGCUGAUAUCUUGACAAAGCCACUGGGCAGAGUCCGGUUUCAGGAGCUGAGAAAGAAGCUGGGCUUGGUUCAGGCUCAGGCGCAUCAAGAUUAG